AUGAUUGGCUCAUACGCAGCCCAGUUGUCCCUUCGGGCGAGCCGGCAGGGCUCUCAAGUGCUUUCCAAGAACGCUCAUCUUUGUAUUCGAUCAAAUGUGUUCAAGACUGAAGCUCUUCAAAAGAGUGGAUUCCGGUGUAUAUCUACAUCAGUCCAGUCGACAUUGAACCGAUUACCAAGAGGAGGCUCGAAACCUCGCUGUCUGCAAACCACCCUGAUCUCACCAUCAUUCUUCACCCAGCAAAGAUGGUCUGGGUCAACAUCGCCAGACAACAAAACUCCUGAACAACCCGAGGAAUCCAAGAAAAACCCCAUUCUAUCGCGGAUUCCCCUGCCCACCUCCCACGAGAAUAUCUACACUGUACCCAACAUUCUCACAUUCUCCCGGCUGGUCGCUGCUCCGGUCGUCGGAUAUCUCUUGGUGAACAACUACCACACGGCAGCACUAUCCCUGUUCGCCUACGCGGGCAUCACUGACCUAGUCGAUGGCUGGAUUGCCCGGCGGUACAACCUCCAAACCGUGGUUGGAACCAUCAUUGAUCCCAUGGCCGAUAAGCUAUUGAUGACCAUCGGUGUUGCGUGUCUGGCCGUGAAUGGCUCCCUUCCCGUGUGGCUUGCUGUGAUCAUUCUCGGUCGCGACAUUGGUCUAGCUAUCUCAGCUAUCUAUUACCGUUGGAUUUCACUGCCUGAGCCCAAGACUAUGGCCCGGUACUGGGAUUUCUCGCUUCCGUCAGCGGAAGUCAAGCCUACUGAGAUCUCGAAGAUCAACACUGCCCUGCAGCUGGUGCUAGUGGGUAGUGCGAUUGCGCUGCCUGUAGUCCCCGAGGCGUUUGUCAGUGCCUGGCAUUUGAGCGAGGCUAUGACUGGAUUCCAGUACCUUGUUGCCGGCACCACUCUUUGGUCUGGACUCAGCUAUGUCUUCUCCAACAAUGCCGUAAAGAUUCUUUCAAAAGAAGAAAUCCAGAAGCGAAUUGCUCAGGCGGCUGCCAAGCGUAAGUAG